GACUACUUCGAUCAACUGAAAAUCAUCUGUCAUCGAAGGCCUCUUCCGUCAACGUUCUGUGUAUUCUUCUCUCGAUUCAAACAGAAUGUCUGAUUCCCAGGAAGGCUUCCUCAUCGCACCGGAGGUGGAUGAAAACCUUAGCCCAGAGGAACGCCUGAAGAUCGAUCGCACGUUUGAAAAAGAGAUAACACGUUUGCAACGCCAGUACCUUAACAUCGCCAAUUCAACUGCCGCUUCGAAAGAUGUACAUAUUAUGCGAUGUCUGGAGAAGAAGCUCAAAUAUCUGCAACGGGAGAAGAAUGAGCUGAAAACCAAGCUAAAGGUGGCGUACGCCCCGUGUCACGUCCGAAGGUACGACCGACAGGUGCAGCUGGUCGAUUCCCACGUUCGCGUUCAGGAGGAUUUAGACCUGAAAAUGAAUGGCAUUCGAACGGAAAUUCGUCACCUGGAGUCACAGAUGAAGCGUCUGGAUAAGGAAAGGAAGGAGCUUCAAAAAGUGUCACAGUCGGAUUACUUCUUCUAUAAUAGAGUUUCCAAGGCCAAGAAGCGGCUGGCGACGUUGGAGGAUCGAUUGUAUCAUUUGAAGAAACGUGAAGCAACGAAUGUUGCCAAGAAUCAUAAGAUGAAGAGUGUGAUUAAGGAUAUGUUGGUUGCUAGAAAACUGUUUCAUCAGCAUUGGCGCAAAAUGAUCGAUCAGUUGGGGUACGAUAAGAAGUUCCUGAUAGACAUGAUUGAGCGAACAAUAUUGGCAUUCAAUCAGGGCGAGGAGCUCUGUCACAAAAUUGAUGCCGUGAAGAGUCAUGCGGCCAGGGAGGAGAAAUCUCAAAUGCAGGAAAUGAUGGAGCUGCAGCGACGGAUCAAUAACGACCGGAAGAAUCACGAGUUUUUGCGGAUCAAGGGAUUUCAUCGAGAUAUGUGUGACUUGGAUCCUAGGGAGGUUCAUCGUAGAAAUAUGAUGAAAGAAGAUUACGGAGAGAAACUUGACCUGUAUGAAAGAAUAAUUGAGAAGACAAAACUUUUCUGUGGAGUUGAUGAUAUCGAGCAUUUGAUUGAGAAAUAUCAGAAGCAGGAAGACACUUUCUUUGCACAUUUCAAUUAUUUGAACGAAUUGAAUCACCAGUAUGAACAGCUAAACUGUAUUCUCAUGGACUUGUAUAAAAAUGUGGAUGACUUGAAAGAACAGAAACUACGAAAAGAAGUAAAGCAAGACAAUGCCUUCAAGCAUCUGCACGAAAAAUUACUCGAGGAAUCGAAAAAAACUCAGAAACUUGAAAAUACAAUUAGGUUGCAUGAUUCGGAGCUCGAUGAAAAUUUUGCAGCAAUUGAUGACAUAUUACUUACUGUCGGAUAUGAUCGUGCAGAUGUGAAAAAUCUGUUGGGUGAACACCGCAAAGUAACUAAACAAAAUGUGAAGCGGUUCCUGGCUGCCUUGGAAGUUCAACUAAACGAUCGUUUGGCCGCGGUCUACACACAUCUCCAACCCGAGGAUGAAGCAACGUUGAGAACCCCAAUUGCCCGCGACGCGAAGGAUAUUGUUCGUAUUGAAGAGGUGGUGACAACGCAGCAGUGUGCCGAAUGCGCCGAAGGACAGGAUGUCAAUAAGUACGAUGAGGCGAUUGUGCUUCCGAAGGAAAAGAUCGACAUCAGGGAAGGAAUGAAGGCGAAGGUUAGAGCCCCGGAGAUGCAGUAUCGAUUGCAUAAUUUGAGCAAGUGCAAACUUCCACGGUCCAGAAUCUUGGUUAACAAGAGGUAUCAAUGAUUGCCUUUUCAAUGUUUAAUCGAAAUUAUAGUGAGUCGCUAUUUUAAA